UAGACUGAAGAAGUUGAGAUUACCAGCUGCGAGCUGUGCACGCAACGGAUUUGUGGGUUUGCUCCUCACUCAAAUCGCGUGCUCUCUCCCACCAUUAACGUCGUCAGCUCAAACAAACACUCCACUGGCACAGCAGCGAGAGAAGGAGAGAGAGGACGAAGCGCGUACACGCACUUGCUUCCCACCACCGUCCACCGCUCCGCCACCACCACCACCACCACAACACCGACAAAACAGGGGGAGUGGAGUGGAGUGGAGUGGAGGAGUCGUGCUCCCUCUGCUGGAACGCGGCGAGAUCCCACAGCGCCGCCGAGAUGGGCGGCAUUCCCAUGCUCCUCCUCCUCCGGACGGCCGCCGCCGCCGCCCUCCUCCUCCUCCUGUCGUCGCCCCUCCCCGUCUCAAGCGCCGACCUCUACGCCGUCGUCUACAAGGGCUGCGCCAACCAGACCUUCCCGGGUGGCACCGCGCCCGCCACCAUCGCCGCCCUCUCCUCCUCCCUCGCCGCGCAGUCCGCCUCCGCCAAGUUCUACAAGACCUCCUCCGCCUCCGCCUCCGCCGCCUCCGCCUCCGUCUUCGGCCUCUUCCAGUGCCGCGGCGACCUCUCCGGCCCGGACUGCUCCUCCUGCGUCGCCCGCGCCAUGUCCUCCUGGCCCGACCUCUGCGGCGCCGCCGUCGCCGCCCGCGUCCAGCUCAACGGCUGCCUCGCGCGCUACGAGGUCUCCGGCUUCCCCCAGGUCUCCGGCGUCCAGAUGCUCUUCAAGACCUGCGGCUCCGGCGGCGGCGGCGGGGACGCCGACCUCGAGGUGCGCCGCGGCACCGCCUUCGCGCAGCUCCAGGCCGGCGUCGGCACCAGCGCCGGCGGCUUCUUCGCCACCAGCUACCAGCAGGUCUACGCGCUCGCGCAGUGCGAGGGCGACCUCUCCGCCGUCGACUGCAGCAACUGCGUCACCCAGGCCGUGCAGCACGUCCAGGUCGAGUGCGGCGGCGCGCCAUCCGGCCAGGUAUACCUCGACAAGUGCUACAUUACCUACAGCUACUACCCGCACGGCGUGCCACACGGCGGAGGCGGCGGACUCGGAGGCCAGCAGACAGCCAAGACUGUAGCCAUCGUGCUGGGUGGAGCUCUGGCUCUGGGUUUCCUGGUCAUCUGCUUGCUCUUCGCCAGAAGUCUGGUCAAGAAGAAGGACGAUUACUGACGGGGAAGCAUGGCGGAGCAAACAAAAGCAUUGGGGCAUGGUGUGCAUUUCGAUAGGGGUGUUGGACGGUUGUGUUCUUCAAGGUGGAGAGUGGGAUACAGAGGGGAUUUUUUUGGCUCUUCUUCCUCUGGCCAUGUGAAGGUGCCAUCCUCGCAUCUCAUGCAUGAUGAGAGAGAGAGGGGAAAAGGAGGUGGUGGCAAGUUCAGGAAAAAGAAACUCUUCUUUUUUGGGGAUGGCUCGUAAAUCAAUUGGAAGAUUAUGAUGUUUUUAUUAUCUUUGGGCAGUACCACCUUUGCCUCUCUUGCUUAAUUAGGGCUCUAGCUAGCUAGGGAGUAAGUACAUUGAUUCUCUAGUAUUUUUUCCUCAAAGGAAAAUUACAUGUAGUUCUAGGCAGAAAGUAAUCUAGUCUGUUGUGAAUUCAGGGUAUGCAGCUAGCAGCAGAUUCAGAA